UAAUUAGCGCGCACGAAUACCAGGGGAUGGAGUCGGCCGCAACGAGCGAUGAGGGGAUGGAAUCCCUACUUCGAAACUUCGAGCAAAUCUAUCAAGGCUACAAAGAUGCGCUUUUGGAGAUCCAGUCAUUGAAGACAAGCCGUAACUAUGAAACCAGAAGAUAUGAAGCUCUUGAAGCCACCUGCAAUGAUCUCAAAACAGAUAAUGAGCAAUUAAGAAGGUUGUUUAAUGAACCUUUAUCCAAAUUUGUGGAUGAGAUGAAAUAUCGGACCAAAUGCCAAAGUUUGACAAAGGAACUAGAAAAAGCCAAUAGCAAGCUGCUCAGUUUGGAAGACGAUCAUAGGAAAAUGAUUAAAAUGCUUAAACACGAGAAUGAACAGAAAAUUCAUGACCUGGAGAAGCAGGUCAGCUGUUCACUUCAUAAACAAGCAUCAGAUCAAGCUCUAAUGAAUCAGCUCCAGCAAGACUUGGCCACUCAUGAGACUCAUAUUGAGAUCCUGACUAGCAACUUUGAACAGGUUACUGCUGAUCUUCAAUCAAAAUCAGUUAAUUCUGAGAUUCAAGAAUUGAAGGACUUGCUUCUAGCUGAACAGGAAGAGAAAAAUAAACUGCAAGUAAAGCUCCAGAAUGCAGAAAAUGAAUUGCAGAUCAUCAAAAAGAAGCAGAUAAACCAACAAAGGGAUUCCAUUUCACUACAUCAUGUCGAAACAUUAAAGCAGAAAAUCAUGAAACUUAGAAAGGAAAAUGAAUCUCUGAAGAGGCAGGUUACCGCCUUGAAAACAUGAUAUAUGAAACUGUUCUGAUUAUACUCUCAUGCAGGAUACUAUCAGGAUAAUAGAUCACCAGUGGACAGCACACUUUCUUUCUAAUCUGUUGUAUAUAUAUCAUACAAAACAUUGCCCAUAUAGUUCAGGAACAUCUGGAGAUGAAUUUUCAAGAACAAAUUAUAAUGGUCAGUAGGAUUAGGUUGCAAGAAUGUUGGAUACAGAUCGAAAUUUCUAAAGUUUCUUUAAUUGGAAACUGCUAUUAGUUUACUCUUCCUAUUUGCGUAUGAGCUGUGAGCAAGUGUAUUUAGACUGCUAGUGAUGUCUUAGCAGAUG